GGAACAGGCUGUAAACUCAACACUGCUCUAUGCAGAGCAAAACAAGCACAGGGGAACAAUGAAGACUAAUAACUCUUCAAAAUAUAUGAAUGCACACUUAUGACUGGACUAUGGUUGCGCUCCAUAUAUUUGUUAUUCUUCAUCAUGGAUAGCUGACGAGUGAAUGGGUCGAGAGGCUUGAUCUACAAUUAAAACUUCAGUAAUGUGUGAAAGAAUGACAGUAUUACAUAUAGACCUUUGAAUUUAUGGAGAGAAGACUGUGAAAAGACCAAAGCCACACCUCCUCCGUCAGAUUCUGGGUUUGUGUAGCUCCUAGGAUUACAGCAUGAAGAUGGAGGAAAGAAGUUUUGUGGAUCUGCUCUUCAAAGGGGAGUUGGAAGCAGUGUCCCAUGGACUGGAAGAUGGACUUUACUCCUGGGAAGAGCUGAACCAGCCUCACAAUGCCCAGGGCUCCACUCCUCUUAUCAGUGCCUGUCAGAUGGGCCUUAACCUGGUCAUGCAUUUCCUGUUGGAAAGAGGAGCAGAUGCAACACUGUGCAACCACAGCAAUCAGACAGCGCUGCAUGUCAGUCAGCCAGACCUACAGAAGGAGCUGUUGGCUGCCAUGUUGAGACAUUUAGCCCACCCUGCUCAGCUCUUAGAGGUCGCCUGGAGGGGGGACAUUCACACCCUAGAGCGCCUGCUGAUUGAGACAGAUUCUGUUGAAGUGAACAUCCAGAACCAGAAUGGAUUGACCCCACUGAUGCUGGCAGUGAGGGAUGUGGAUCUUUUUGAGGGGUUUCAAGGCACCAUGGGAUGGGACUAUGAUCCUACCAAAGUAGUGAAGACACUGCUGGCUCAGUCUGCAAACAUGGACAUCCAAGACCGUAAGAGCUGCACGGUUCUUACCUAUGUCUCUCAGAUCAAGAGCUCAAUGAAAGAUGAGCUGCUCCGUAUCAUUUUGGAACAUCAAACUCAGUCAGUGCCUGCACCUGUGGUGCCAGAGUUUCAUUUCCCUGCAGAACCCUGUAAAAAUUCCCACAGACUCUCUUCUUCACACAUGUUCUCAACUUUGGCCAAUGUGAGGGAAGAAAAGGACCCAUAUAAAUAUAUUGCUAUCCAAGAAGACCACAACAACAUCCACCAAGAUAACAUCAUUGCCUUGUGCUUCCACAGUGCCAUGGAGCCCAAGAUGUACAGCAAGUCACCUGGGCACACAACAUUACCGAGGCUGAAGGAGAUGAAUAAAUGUUGGACUAAAUUUGGCAUUCUGUAUCCUACAUGUGAUAUUUCAAGGAAAACUUCCUUAGUACCCAUACCUCCAGGGGUAACAGAGAAGACCAAAUCCAUUCUCGAGACGCCUCCGGUACCAAAUUUCUCUCAGCUUAGCCAGUCUGCUCCAAGCCUGGCCCUCCUUGAUGCAAACUUUCUACUACAAGUACGGACCAACAUACACAACAGGCUCAGCUCCAGUGAUGUUGCAGGACAAAAAGAUGGACACCCUGUUCCGUGCCCACGCACUCCAAAACAUUUGGCUCCCCUUGACCAGGAGUACCGAGACGGGCACGUGCUUUCAAACUUCCAAUGUCCACUGGCACCCAAGCUGACCGACCUCUUAUCUUUUGGCUCCAAAGGAAUAAGAGAGACUUUAUCCCGACUGAGCUCCAAGGGAUCAAGAGGCAGUGAGGAAAGCAGCUAUAGCAGUCAAAGCUCUCUGGAUGAAGAGGAAGAGGAUGAGAACGGCCCUCAGUUGACAGGGCAGAUCUUUGGGACCACAGCGAGAGAACCACAUUUUGCCCUAGUAGCACCCUCAUCAGCUCAACAACUGAUGAAUACUGGCAUUAUAGAACCUACUCAUACAAAUAAACAGAUGCCUAACAAAUCUAAAUUCAUAAGGCAUCAAAAACUUGAGUCAAGGCAGGACUCUGUAAGAGAGUUUUACAAAACUGUGAAAUCUUUCGAGAGGACUUUAAACAAACAACAAAGAAGUGAAGAUCUGGAUGUCUGUGAGGAGAAUAGGACAAUAUAUUUAGCUGAUGUUGCAAAAAUGAACAAAAGUGUGGAAUUAACAAGGUCUCUCUCAAAUGAACUUGAUGAACCUAAGGAUACUAUUACAGAGCCCGAGCCUGGACCUGAAAAAGGACAGUCCAGCUCUUUUGUUGACCCUGAGCAAUACCAUGUCUCUCCAGUGCAUCACAGUCCAGUGGAAACCAACAAAGCCAGCAAGAUGACAAGAGCUGAGGAAAUAAAAUGCAGAUCUCACACUAACCAAUUAAUUAUCUUGGACCAAAUAAAUAUAAGACAGGAUUAUGGUAUGUCUAAAAAGAAUAGAAGGAGUCAAUCAUCACAAGUUAUAAUUAAAGAGAAGGGACCCAUAUGUAAUGAUAUUAGUGAGGAGAAAAUGGAGUGGCCAAAGAUGGCACCUAUAAAUCACGGUCCCAAACUCAAGGAUGCACCCCUGAACCGGAGGAGGACUCAAGAAUCUCUGCAUCAAGGGAGGCUGAGCGGAACCAAAAAGAUCUCAAACAAACCCCAAAGUCAAAAGCAACUUCUCAAUCGGGAUACAAAGAAGACAACAAGGCAAGCUAAAAGGCCGGGAAUUUUGGGGACACAAAGAACAAAAUCAUCUCUGGACUAUGUCAGUUAUCGGGACAUGUUUCUGGAAAUCCGUCAGGCAGCUGAAGGACCAGCUAUUUUUGAAAUGUUUGCCACCCCAGUAUACGAAAACCUUAGAGCAGCCAGUUCUGUAGAAAGACCCAAGCAGGUGCAGUCUGCUGCUCAAUUUAAGAGACAACCAAGUGGACAACAGAGAGCACAAAAACCUGUGGAAGGUAACAGGAGGAAACAGAAAUGCACAACUUCUAAAGGUAAACCACGCAAGAGGAAGGAAACUCAACCACCUGAGCAGCAAAGACACGAUCAAGCUAUUGAUUCAAAACAGAAUGAUGCCAGUGUAAUUCCUGAAAUGGCAGACAACAACCAGAAAAGGAAGCAUAACCCUCUCACCACUGAGGAAGACUCAGAUGAUAGAUUACAGACUGAAGGUAAUCCUGUGCUGUCAAUGAUCAGAGAAGUUCCUUCAGAUACAGAUAUAGAGCUAGCCUUCCAUAAUAAGCAAGAAGGUUUAUCCAGCUCAUUUCAGUCACAUCGAACACCGUAUCUUAGCAUGCAAUUCUUCCAAGAGGACAUAAUCUCAAAUGUAAUUGAGGAUUCCAUUGCAGUUCAGCUCCCAUCACAGCCCUUGAUAAACACAUGGACAACUGACAGGACAAAGUCACCUGUAUACCAGAAGAUUUUAGAUGAAGUGGGUGAGGGGCCAGUUACAGACGACUUGCUGAAACGUUUGGCAGAAGAAUUAAUUUCAUUGGAAGAAAAAGAGGUGGAGACUCUAAACUCUGAGAAUCCAGAAAUGGCAAAUGAUGCUCUAUCAAAAUUCAAGGAACUUUUUAGUGAGGUUACUCCUCUGGACAACCUGCAUCAUACUGAGAGGUCCAGUGUAGAUGACACAAUCACAUGGACCAAAGGAGACAUUCUGGGCAGAGGGGCCUAUGGAACUGUAUACUGCGGCCUCACGAGUCAAGGCCAGUUGAUUGCUGUCAAGCAGGUGACGCUGGAUAUCUCUAAUUCAGACACAGCAGAGAAGGAGUAUGAGCGACUGGAGAGAGAGGUAGACCUUCUGAAGAACCUUCAUCACCAAAACAUAGUGGGGUUCCUGGGCACAGCACUUUCCGGUAACGUAAUCAGCAUUUUGAUGGAAUACAUCCCAGGAGGCUCCAUCUCCAAUGUCCUCAAUCGCUUUGGACCCUUGCCUGAAAAAGUUUUUGCCCUGUACACACACCAGAUCUUAGAAGGUGUGGCUUACCUUCAUGAUAACAGAGUCAUCCAUAGGGACCUGAAAGGGAACAACAUUAUGCUUAUGCCCAGUGGAGUCAUCAAGCUGAUUGAUUUCGGCUGCGCUCGUCGCCUUAACCGCAUCACACGCAGCGGAAGCCGUAGCGAUUUCUUAAAGUCUGUCCAUGGUACACCUUACUGGAUGGCUCCUGAAGUGAUUAAUGAAACAGGCCAUGGCAAGAAAUCAGAUAUCUGGAGCAUUGGAUGCACAGUCUUUGAGAUGGCCACAGGAAAGCCACCACUGGCACAUAUGGGCAAGAUGGCAGCUCUUUUCUAUAUUGGGGCCCAAAAGGGUUUAAUGCCUUCACUACCUGAUGACUUCUCAAUAGAAGCUAAAGGGUUUGUGCAAGCAUGCUUGACCACUGAUCAGAAACAGAGACCAUCAGCAGAAGAUUUAUUAAGGCAUCCUUUCGUCUUUCACCUCCAGCAGUCUGCGAGUAGCAAGCUUUCAAACAUUCACCAUUAACCUCAGUAGAAAAAGUGAAAAUGUUCAAAUGAAUGUGCCAAUGUGUUCAUGUAGCUUCAAGUCGUGAAGGGAAGCAUCUAUGUUAAUACCUGUGGUUAUAUAGGACACUUUAUCUUUCACUUUUUACCUGCUAAAGUAAUGUGAACAACUGUUUGUUACCCACA